AUUUUCUUCGUUCCCAUCUCUAAUUUAAAACAGCUGUUUUUUAUUUUUCUUCGCCGGUUUUUAUUUAGCCGUGCAGUGAGGUCAUCUACUAUACAUACUUGCAUUUAUUUUUUUUACAAUAUUAAGUGAUUUUUUUAGCAAAAGUUGAGUUGUUUAUAUGAUUCUCAGUUUACUUAAUACCACUGCGUCGUUAGUUUUCAAGCGCACAUCAUUUACAAUGCCACGCGGGAGGACUUUGCUAAACGUUGUAUCGGAGUUGGAGAAGUUCGCGCCACUUAAUUUAGCGGAAAAAUGGGAUAAUGUGGGUCUACUGAUCGAGCCUCCAAAAGAAAGAUCCAUACGAAAAAUUCUGCUGACCAACGACUUAACUGAGCGUGUAAUGAAGGAAGCUGUAGAACAAGCCACCGACCUGAUUGUGUCUUAUCAUCCACCAAUAUUUGCCCCACUCAAACGAAUUACACAAAAAAAUUGGAAAGAACGAAUUGUUUCUAUUUGCUUAGCAGAGGGCAUUGCUAUAUACUCACCACAUACGGCUUGGGAUGCGGUGCCUGGUGGAGUGAAUGACUGGUUAUCUUCUGCACUACCGUGCAUUGAUAUGCAGCCAAUACAGCCAAACCCUCUGGGUGCGGAGUUUGGUGGUGCUGGACGCACCUUUACGACAUCGCUCACAUUGGGCCAAGCCGUGGCCAGGGUACAGAGGCAUAUCGGACUUAAUGUGCAUUUAGCUUUGGGUGUCAAUCACGACUUGGAUACACCCAUUACAGUGGUGGCUGUUUGCGCUGGCUCUGGAGGCUCGUUGCUCAAAGGUUACGAGGCAGAUUUAUUUAUAACAGGAGAAAUGUCCCAUCAUGAAGUUCUGGAUGCAAAUCAUCAAAACACUUCAGUGAUUUUAUGCAAUCACAGCAACUCUGAACGUGGCUUUCUACAUAAAUUUCAGAAUAAACUUGACGAUAUGCUCAACGGCGACUGUGAAAUCAUAAUCUCUGAGAAGGACGAAGAUCCUUUGAAGACUCAAGUUAAAAGCUAAACUUUUGCACUUGUUAUUGGUAUUUUCCUUUAAAUUUUUGUAAAAAUUGUAAGCAAAAUACUUUAUUGCAUUAAAAAUUUGUUUAAAUUGCAUUUUUUUUUAAUCGACAGCUUUAAUGUAGCUGCAGCUAAAAGUCUACUGUCAUCCAGUAAUUUUUUUAAAUAAAUUUUUUAUUAUAAUUAGUAUGCGGUUUUUUUUAAUGAAUGUAUGGGUUUUUGGUAAUUUACUAUUCAAACAUGAGUAAUUAAAUUCCUGUUCUAUCGGUUGAAAGUUGUCAUUUGAUGGGAUGGGUUGAAAGUUGUUUAUUCAAGUAUGGUAAUAAAAAAUUAUUAAAAUGUUCAUCAAUUUUUCAUUUAUUCAAAUAACUAAGUUUUCAGCAUUUUUUUUUUUAAUUAAAAAAAAAUUAAUUUAAUAAUUUUUUCAAUGUAUCCGCAUUAGUAGGAAAUCCAUAUUUUACUAGGCGCCGCAAGAAUGUAUGGAUAUCAAACAAAUGCUAAUGUUAUCAACAGUAAUAUUAUCCUUUCUUGAUGAUAUUAGCAUUGCAAAUGUAAAUGGAUGUCGAACUUCCAGAAAAUUAAGUUCGCUGAAUGUCGAAGGAUUAUUAAAAGUGAUAAAACAAAUUAAACCGAGCGCGUAAAGGGAAUAUCGAUUCACGUACUUUGUAUGAAAAUAUAAGAAUUUGAGUAGAAUAAUGCUAUCCGACGUUUACUUGUAACUCAUUGUUUUAAUAGUUUUACAUUCGCUACAAAAAUUACAAACGAAAUAAAAUUGGGUUUAUUAAAAAUAUUACAUUUUUUUAUCUUUUUAGUACAUAUAGCAACAGUAGAAAUGUUUGAUGCUACUCAAUUACCAUUGCAUAUAAUGGGAUAGCAGUAAUAAAAUUUUUACAGCGUAAAGAACAUUUAAAAUGACUUAGAAAGAAUUUAAAUGCAUUUAUAUAUUCUCUUCUAUACAAAGCGUAAUGUAACUAUUUGUAUCUAUAGCAA